CGUUUGCGCAGUGCAAUAAAUGUCUAUUCCCGUGGAGUCGACAGUGGUCAAGGCGCGAUCAGCUAACACGCUUACAGAUUACAGUGAUAUAAUAUGUUGACAUGACCUAGUUCUUUUGAGCUGACCAUAUCACAACAAAGGAGAGAGAGGGUUAAUGACCACUCGUAGUAAAAUGACCGCUACAACUUGACUGGAAAAACGCAAUGUGGAAGGAAAUCAACGAACGAAAGUGGUGGCGUAUGUGGCCCUACCUUGCGGUGGGGGACACUUUAGUGGGGGUGGUGGUUCUACCCAACUUUGUGGCCAGUUACUGGAUGGGCACGUGGCUGAUCUUUGACUUUUACCUCUUUCCCCAGGACAUGCACAAGUCAGCCUGGAUUUGCUAUGGUGUCGGGAACAUCUUAGUGCUGUGCUCCAUCCUUUCCCAGGGGAUUCUCAGGGCGUGGCUGAUUCCCGAAGACGGAAAACGCACGUGGAAAUUUGUACUGUGUGUACACAUUUACAAGUACAUUAUGGCCUUUAUCGGGGUCAUGCAAUGGCGUGGAAUUGCCUAUAUUACCGUCCUAUACACAGGAAUGUCACUGGCUAGCGCUGUUUUAGGUUUGGUGGUUGCCACGAUCCUCCUGGCCCUACUCAGAAAUCACCUAGGCAUCCUAACCCCUCCCCUCACCAUGGCCUUAGACCCAGGUGUAGAGGAGUCCUUCAUAAUUCCGACCAAGUUUUCUUGUGAGCCUGGACUGAGUUGGAAGUUCCUCUUGGACGCACUUUUCACCGUUUUUGUGAUCACAACUUUUGCUGGGUUUGCCCUCAAAGGAUACUGGGUACUUUUGGAGAUGGCCAUGCCAGUAAAUGAAGACGACCCCAUCGAACUGUUGGAUACAGGUUUUGUUUCGUUAUUGAUAUUCUACGGAUUAGUUACCAUCCCUAUCAUAGGCCAAUACGAACUUAUGAAAUUGAACAAAAAAGUCGAAGAAAAACAUCCGUGUCUGGUAGCUACAUUGGAGGAACUUUUCAUUGCCAUUCUUGCUAUUCUUCCUAUGUUGUUUUGGCGUGCUGUGUAUUUAAUUCAUUUAAGCUUUUUGACGCCUGAGUAUUACACGUUAUACCUAUGGAUUUCCCAUGUUGUGGGAUUUUUAGGCGUGUGCGUCAUGCGGGCGUCAUCAAGCAUGAUCCCACUGGGAUGCGUCUCAGAUAAGGAGGCGUUCCAGAGUGAGUUUGGGAUUUUUGAUUAUCGUUAUUUUAGAUUUUUUCUGGAUAAGAGGAGAACGGUACGCCAACAAGAGAAAGAGGAUAAACUUGACUUUACUGAAAUUAAUACUGAACAAACGAUUAGUGAUCACCAAUUAAAGCCUUAUUUCACAUAGCAACGGACCUGGCGUAUUAAAAAUGAAUGGGCAGCUUAAACUCUUUGAUUUGUUCCACCAUCAGCAUAAGUCUAUAUGACUUAACUUUGUUUGAAUAAUACCGGUAUGGAAUCUUAAUGACAUGACAUAGUUCCAUUACCAUGAUUACAGGCCAUACUAUACACAUGGUAAAGUUAAUUACGAAUG